AUGGCGACUGAAGAAAGCAUGAUCAAAGACCUGAUACUAAUCAAAAACUUUACGAAGGAAGCGUGCUCAAUAAAUGGUCAAACCUGGAAGGAAGAAGAAGCAACGAGCAGCCUAGAAAACGCCAAACAAUGUAUCCACGAUGUAUUGGAGUCGAAUAUGAGAACCGCCCACGAAACGUACAAAGGCAAUUCCGAACUGGAAACUGCUAUUGAGCACUACGUAAGGAGUCAUUGUCCAAGCAGAAUAACUCUCGAAAGAUGUAUGAAAGAAUAUUCCAAGUCCUUCGAGUAUUGCGUGGAUUCGCAACAACUCAAAACUAUCGAGAUAAUCGGUAAAUUUUCAACAUCCACGCUCGAAUUCGUCUGCGAGAAUGACGCCAAGAUGUUUAAGGAUUUGUGUAUCAAUGAAGGCGUGGAAUGUUAUAAUUCGAUUAACGAUCCCGAGAAAUGUUGGCCUGCACUGACUACCGGAAUCAAUACUUUAGAAACUUACAAUUUCACUCUAGUUUGGAAUGACGCAACAUGCUCGGAACUGAAAUCCGCCUACAAUUGCAUCAUCGAAAAGAUACCAAACUGUAGGAGCCAUCAGAUAACUGUAACUUUCGUCAGAGGUCUAUUCGACGUGUAUCUGGAAAACUUACGCUGCAGGAAUUCAAGUAAUUCAUCGACUAAGCCAAUUCGGACAGACGCAUCCGGAAGACCAAUUGAAAAGGAAGAAGAAGAAAAAGAGAAAGAGGAGAAGCUUAAAAUGGAAGAAAAAAAAUCAAGUAAUUCACAGACAUUACCAGUUAUUAGCAUCAACGCUCUCUUCUCGACUGCAAUCAACCUGACGAUCCGCCCAUGGAACGUUUAAAACUCUUAUUCAGAAAAAAAUAUAUUUCUAACACGCAACACAGCGUUUCGGCAAAGUAGCGAUGUAACGCUUCAAGUCGAAGUAUUGUAUCGUACUCCUUGAUCUGAUUUCACUCGCUAUUUAGAAUCGUCCUCAAACAUAUACACACUUACUCACACUCUUAUUUUUAGUAUCAUCCAUGUAUUCUCUCGAUUGCGUCAAAGCUCAAUUGCCUUUCUGACCUCUAGCGAUACGGUUCGUAUGUGUGUGCAAAAAUACAGCAUAUCUUUUGUUCGUUAAUCAUCAAUUGUCUUCAAUCAUCAUCCCGAUACACUCACUCCUAUCCUCUACCACCAAUUCACGGACCCCACGUCAAUAGACCAGUAUCUAUCGCUAUCUCUCCAAAAACAUAGGUAUAAACGAUGUGUCGAUGACAUUUUCACUUUGGUAAAAAAGUACCACACAAUUCACUGUUUGCACUAUAAACAAGGAAUAGCUUGAUUUUCUUGGAUGUAUUUCCUAGAAUAUACGGUACACAUAUUAUAUUGUAUGAGAGUAAGAGAAAUACAAACAAGAGUGUAUGCCUCUUUCCGUAAUCCCCAUGUAGGUCUGUGUCGUGUGAAAAAAGAGAGAGAAACGCGGGCAUGAGAUCAGGUGUGUGCCGCGUACCUCACUUCUACUUCUACUAGUGUUAGAAAUCAUGUAUUACCGAUUGUGUCUCUAAAUUACUAUUUUUGUUCAAUAAAUAUUUCUCAAAAGUAUUAGUGAUUAAUAAUCCUGGUGUCACUGAAUGUAAUUGGUACCGCAAAUAUAUGUUAUCAGGGAGAUAUUUACGUUAUCGUUCUAUUCAUCCAAAAACUUACCAAGUUAGUACCGCUAUAGCGUAUUAAUUGAUAUGAGAUGUCCAACGACUUCUGAUUGUAAGUCGGUAAUUGGAGUGAAUGAGAAAUAAAAGAAAAUACAAUCUUUCUGUGAAUAUGAUAUAGUCGGUCCGAAUGAAGCAAAUUAAAAGAUAAUGUUAAUUAAUGUUUGGAGGACUAAUGUGUCUGUGGCAGCUUCACACCAAUGGUGAGCCUCCGCAGCUUUAACGAACGAAAUGUUAACUUGCGAUACGAUGACAUGUCGAACCAAAUUCUAAGAUACGAUGAUUUUCUGUUCAGCCGUCGAUUAUAUGUAUAAUUUUGCGUAAAUAUAGCGGUGUCGAGUCUAAUGCUAAUUAA